AUGAGGAAUUCUUGGCUUCUCUGGGGAGCAUGGGCAUCCCUUGCGUUGCCCGCGUUGGGACUCACCCUCCACGAGCGCGAUGUCCCGGCUGUGAUCGGCAUGGACAUUCAACGCAAGGAUGUCGUUGACCCCGCCGCCCGAGAUCGGGUCCGAAGGAAGCGCGACAAGACUAUCGGCCAAACACUAGACAAUGAACAAACGCUCUACUUUUGCAAUAUCACCCUGGGCACCCCCAAGCAAAGCUUACGCUUGGUAAUGGACACCGGCAGCAGUGAUCUGUGGGUCAAUACUCCCAAUUCCACCCUUUGCGAUUCCAAAGACAACCCUUGCUCGGAUUCCGGUACUUAUGAUGCGAGCUCGUCGUCAUCGUACUCUUUCGUCUCGUCCGAUUUUAACAUCACCUAUGCCGAUGGCUCCACUGCAUCUGGUGACUACGUGACCGACACUCUCACUGUCGGUGGGACGACUAUCAAGGACUUUCAAUUCGCCGUGGGAUUUACCUCGGCCUCGUCAGAGGGUGUACUGGGAAUCGGAUACACAUCCAAUGAAGUCCAGUCAGGCCAAAAUGGCGGUAAAGCCUACAACAACCUACCCAAAGAAAUGGUCAACAAGGGCCUGAUCAAGUCCAACGCCUACAGUCUCUGGUUAAACGAUCUAGAUGCCAGCACCGGCUCAAUUCUAUUUGGCGGAGUGAAUACAGCGAAAUACCACGGCUCGCUAGCGACACUACCCAUCCAAAAGGUCGGAGGUGCUUACCAUGAAUUUAUCAUCGCCUUAACAGGCGUUUCUGUCUCCACAACAUCCAAAACACACAACUACUCCUCAAAGGCGCUGCCAGCAGGCGUGCUACUCGAUUCGGGAAGUUCCUUGACAUACCUACCAGACGCCAUCACGCAAGAUAUCUACAAUGAUCUGGAUGUUACAUACGACUCCUCGAAUGGAAUUGGUAUUGUUCCUUGCAGUCUUGCCGAGAAGGAUGUCAACGUCACCUAUACCUUCUCCUCUCCGGAAAUUAACGUUGCGGUGGGAGAAUUGGUCCUCGACAUGGGUGACUAUCAUUACAAUAAUGGAGAACGGGCUUGCAUAUUCGGUAUCGCGCCUGCGGGUAGCAGUACCGCGGUGUUGGGAGAUACGUUCUUACGCAGCGCUUAUGUCGUGUAUGAUCUUGCCAAUAAUGAGAUCUCUCUCGCCAAUACACACUUCAAUACGACAGAUAACAAUGUUCUGGAAAUUGGCACCGGCGCGGAUUCAGUGCCCAGCGCCACGGGUGUGUCUAACCCGGUGACAUCCGUUGCUGUUGCCGGUUCCGGCGCGCGUAUUGGUGGUAUCGGUGGUGGUGGUGGUGGUGGCGGUGGUAUUUUAACGACAACGGAGAAUGCGGCGCCGAAGCAGACGGGCAUGGCUCAUCAUUUCGCUAUCGGUUUGGCUGGUGCUGGAUACUUGCUUGCUCUGUGA